AGCGAUUUGCAAUAUUUGUGAAGUGGUUUUUGUGGUUAAUAUCAGAGUGGAUCACCCUCCGGAAGAUGUAUGAUCACUCUUCCACAAGAAGGCGUUGUUUCGGAGAUGUGCGCAUGAUCUUCGUAUGACAAAAAUGGCGAUUUGAUUUGAUUUGGUUGUGAGCGCUAAAACUGAAAGAAUUGACGAUCUACCGAACAGGAACUGACUUUAUUUUGUCUACAGUUUGUCGUAUAUAUAAAUCAUCGUACCAUGUUUAGUUGGUUGACUAAAAACGAGAAGAAAGACCCCAUUGUAUUGCAGUCCGUGGUCGAUGGUUUGAAGAAACUUUACAAGACAAAGCUGCGCCCCCUCGAGGAACAUUACUUAUUCAAUGAUUUUCACUCACCUUUGAUGUCUGAUGCCGAUUUCACGGCGAAGCCGAUGGUCCUGCUUGUCGGACAGUACUCAACCGGCAAAACAACCUUUAUAAAAUACCUCUUGGAGCAAGAUUUUCCGGGUUUAAGAAUAGGUCCCGAGCCAACCACGGAUAGCUUCAUAGCUGUCAUGCAUGGGGAACACGACCAAGUCAUUCCUGGUAAUGCGUUGAUUGUUGAUCCAUUCAAACAGUUUCAGUCUUUGGGUGUUUUUGGGAAUGCCUUCCUAAAUCGACUGUACUGUUCUGAGUUGUCAAACAAAGUUGUUGAAAGUAUAACCAUAAUUGACACUCCUGGGAUCUUAUCUGGUGAGAAGCAGUCUGUGUCGAGAGGGUACGAUUUCACUGGCGUGUUAAAAUGGUUUGCCGAGCGGGUUGACCGAAUCGUUCUCCUCUUCGAUGCCCACAAGUUGGAUAUUUCGGAUGAGUUCCAGCGCAGUAUUGAUGUCCUUCGAGAGUAUGAUGAAAAGAUCAGAAUUGUGUUGAAUAAGGCAGAUAUGGUGACAACUCAACAGCUGAUGAGGGUGUAUGGUGCGCUGAUGUGGUCGCUUGGCAAGGUGAUCAAUACACCUGAAGUUUCCAGAGUUUAUAUUGGGUCCUUUUGGGAUCAGCCAUUGCAGAAUGAUGAAAACAGAAGAUUGUUUGAGGCUGAGGCGCAAGAUUUGUUUGCAGAUGUCCAGAGCCUGCCGCGGAAUGCUGCCCUAAGAAAGCUCAACGAUUUCAUCAAGAGAGCAAGACUUGCAAAGGUCCAUGCAUACAUUAUUUCAAGCCUCAGAGAACAAAUGCCAUCGAUGUUUGGUAAAGAGAAGAAGAAGGAGCAACUGAUAACCAACCUGGGAGAGCUUUAUCGCAAGAUCCAGAAAGAGCAUAACAUCUCACCAGGAGAUUUUCCUCCCAUCUCAAAGUUCCAAGCCAAACUUAAGCCUUAUGAUUUCUCAAAGCUGCACAGUUUGAAACAGAAAUUGAUCGAUGAUGUGGAUAAGAUGUUGCAGUCUGAAGUAACAAAGCUCAUGUCGAUGAUCCCAAGAGAAAAUGAGUCCAACACCUCAAUCGCUGUGCGUGGUGGUGCAUUCACAGUUGGUGAUUCAAUGCACAAUCCCUUUGCAUCUGGUGCAGGUGAAGGGAUUCAAUUUGGCGCUGGCUCAGAUGACUGGGUCAUUGCCCCGAAAAAAGAUAAAUAUGAUCGCAUCUUUGAAACCCUUAAUCCUGAUUCAAACGGGAAAGUGAUUGGCUCGAAUGCCAAACGUGAACUUGUCAAAUCCAAGCUGCCAAAUACGGUGCUCGGGCGAAUUUGGAAGCUAUCUGAUCUUGACAAAGAUGGAAUGCUGGACUCAGAUGAGUUUGCAGUUGCUAUGCACUUGAUUGAGAUUAAAUUAGAUGGAAAUGAACUGCCUGUUGAACUGCCACUCCAUGUUGUACCUCCUUCCAAACGUAAAGGAUAUUCUUUAGAAUAUGAUUAAAUAUCUCUCAAGUAGAAAUAUAUUUCGGGAAGAAAAUUAUAUUUUUUCAAAUUACCAUGUGAGUUUUAUGGAACAUUGAUGCUCCAUAAUGAAAAACUAAAUCAUUUAAGGCCUUUCACAUUUGAACAGCACUUUUUAAUGUUUUAAGAAUAAUUAUUUAAAAUAAUGCCAUGUAUUCUCUACAGUUAUCCAAGCUGAUUACAAAUUACAAUGUCCCAGAGAUAUGGGUGUUAAACUGUGUUAAACUGAAUGACUGUCUGACUUGUCUGAAACUAAAUGAUUCCUAGUGAAAUCCUUGAAUGUAUGUAGAAUGAAACUUGUAUCGUUGCUGCAAAUGUAAUAUGAUAAUAAUAUUAAUGUCUGGUACUAUUUAG